UCCUGAAGGAAAUAAGCUACGAUCAAAAAGUGCACUUGUGGAGUAUUUUCGGAAAACUGGGGAGACAACGCUAAAAGCAGAAGAUUUUGAUUUUACAGCUCCUUAUCAGAGGAGAACCCAUGUGAGGGUGAAAAGAUACAGCACAAAAGCUGUGGGAACUGUUUUAGAGAAUGAGGAUCGUCUCAGUCAAGCGCAAGGCCACAGUAUACCAAAUGGUGAAGAGGAUAGAAUUCAGAACAUUCAGAUGAGAAAUGGACACCUGGAAGAUGUUACAUCCACUCUGGAAAUUGAAGAUUUGACCAUGAAAGGCAUAAAACCAGAGGACUGUUUGAAAACCAAAAAAAAAGUGGCAGGUGGAAAAAGUGUUCAGAAUAAGAAAACUGGAAAGAGCUCAGAAAAGAGGAAUCGAGAUAAUACCCAACACAAAAGACGGAGAGCAGUAUGUAACAAAGAGGAAACCGAGUGCGUUCAAAUCAAGAAAUUCUGUAGAAAGAGACGCACGCGUGUCGCUGAUAGUCGGGGCCUGGAUGAUCAGAAUGCAGACCCUAUGGACACAGGAAAAACUCUGUUAAGAAUUUCCAGGUCACGGUCAGACAUGCAGCUAAGCUCCAUGACAACUCGCUCGCAAAGGGAAUUGGAGAGCCCAGCAGAGGAGGAAUGUGUGGAGGCAGGUUCUGAUGGCACGUCUUCUGCAAAAUCUGAGGAGAAAACGGAUGGAUUUAAAAUGGGGAAAGAGACAGAUCGAGGGGAUUCAGGUAACCAGGAUAUUAAAUCUGACACUGAAACAGAUGCUAACGUCUUGCAGCUGUGUGACAAGAAAAGCUUCACAGCAGUUAAAAUGCCACCAGAUAUAUAAGAGUCUAUCCCACGAACACAAGUGGAUAGGAGGAAAACAAGUCCGUAUUUUUCAAGUAAAUACAGUAAAGAAGCUCCCAGCCCACCCAGAAGGAAGGCCUUCAGAAAAUGGACUCCUCCGCGUUCUCCUUUUAAUUUGAUCCAAGAAACACUUUUCCACGAUCCAUGGAAACUUCUCAUUGCAACCAUAUUUCUCAAUAAAACAUCAGGUAAAAUGGCAAUUCCUGUGCUCUGGGAGUUCCUUAAGAAGUAUCCUUCUCCUGAAAUAACCAGGACUGCAGACUGGAAAGAAAUGUCAGAGCUGCUCAAACCUCUCGGCCUCUACGAACUCAGAGCGAAAACUAUCAUCAAGUUCUCUGAUGAGUACCUGAGCAAGCAGUGGAAGUACCCCAUCGAGCUGCACGGGAUCGGGAAGUACGGGAAUGACUCCUACAGAAUCUUCUGCGUCAACGAAUGGAAGGAG